AUGCGACCCUCUCGCCUGGCAGCGUUUGCGUUACGCUUGAGUCAGGCCCUCGCAGCGGGAGGAUGCUCCACUAGCGAUGCUUGUCUUCGCGCUGUCGAAAUCGCCGUGCCUGGAAGAAACGGCACCGCCGACUGCCUCUCUUUUUUCAGCGUCACCGUCACGCCGCCGACACGUACCCACACCACGACUCGGACAGUCACCUCGACAAACCGCAAUGCCACGAUUACGGCUGAGAAGGCGAGGGCCACGGCCGCCGAACACGAAUUGGGAUACCGUGGCUUUGACGAGUUUGCCUUUGGCCGGGCUCUCGAGAAUCGGCAGCUGACAGCCACGGCGACAUCGACCCCGGCCUACGCAUCGCCGUGCUCCUCGGUAGCCGCCUUCUCGUCUGCGUGCUCCUGCCUCGGCAUAUCCCACGCCACGACGACAGCAGCGGCCGAGUUGACGACGAGCACAUUCACCCUGACCAAGACGGUGGCCAACGCGACAGUCCCCCCUUUUCCGGCCAACCACACAUUGCUGCGGAACAGCACGGCGGUGCGGUUCGGAAAGACCACCUCGAGCAAGUCCCUGCCCAAAGGGAAACAGCCAACAAAGUUGACAACAGCGUCCAAGCCAGCAACGGCUGUGGCAUACUACACUACAGGCACAGAUACACGGGGUCGUCUGGGCGGAAGCGAUAGCAGACCGCCGAAGCUCUCGCCAUCCUCCGCCUCUACCGGCUCUCUGGGGGACGGGGGCGCGACGAAAUUCUCCCUGAACAACUCGACCGCGCCGCUUUUGGCAGACAGCACUGCGCCGACCAUACACGUGCUGAACACCACGACGAUAACCACAACGAUCCCCGCGCCCUUCUGGGCCAACACGACCUCUCCCGCCUCACUGGCGAGCAACAGCACCUACGGGCGAUAUGUAAACUCCUCGACCGCCGCGCCGGUCACAUCCUCGGCCAACGCUGCUUCGUACCGCAAGCUGAACGCCACGGUGAUCGAUUUGCUAGCUCGCAACACCACCGCGGCAGCGAAAUGGCUCAACGCCACCAGGCCAGGAAGGGACAUGCUGCUGGCAAACAGCACGAGGCCGGUGUGGCUGAACACCUCGAUGCACACCCAGCCUGCCAACACGACUGCCGGGCGCUGGCUCAACACGACCGCUACCGCCAUGCUCGCCAACACGACGGCGACUGCCCGCUGGCUCAACACGACGACGGCGACGGCCCGCUGGCUUAACACGACUACCACACGGUGGCUCAACACGUCCACGCCGGCCUCCACGCCGACCUCUACGCCGACAGCCACAACCGACUCUAGCUGCGGCGAAACGGCUUCACCCUUCGAACUACAAGUCGCCCAGCCUGGCGGCGUGUUCGACGGGUGGUUCGUCGCGCUCAGCGGCGACGGACUACUCUUCACGCGCGGCGGCGGCAGCGCGUUCAGCGUCGAGGCGAGCGGGCACCUGUGUGCGGUCGGGUUGCUGGACGGCGACGGGCGCCCCGCCGUCGCGGCCGUCGGCAAGCGCGAGCGUGAUGCCAGCAGUGCCGUGUGGCUGCUGCAGCAGGGGAUGCUUGCUGCGCUGGGCGAUAGUUACUCUGCCGUCAGGUGUGUUGCUGCGGGGGAGUUGGUGUGUGCUGCGGCGAAUGUUACGGGGACGCCGGCGAGGCAUUGGCUUGGGUGUGGGAUUCAGCUGGAUCUCUCAACAGACGAGGGUGCGGUUGUGCCGGCGCGUGGGUUGAACUGCACGGCGCUCGCGCUGAAGGUUGUUGUCUAGGUAAGGGACUUGGAGGCGUCACGGCUAGCGCUUACUGGGCUUGCUUCCAGGGUAUAUAUCGCCAGCGCGGCUGGCUUGUUUUAUUCUUUGGACAUCAUCAUUACGCUGUUGCUCCUCUGCCGUCUCAGCCUCUACCUCCACUCCGGUGUUGACGCCGAUGAUGGUAGAUUGUUCCUCUUUUCCCAAUCCCCUCCCACCGCCGCCGCC